AUGCAUAAACCUCACGGUUCUUUGGCACCUACUCCUCACACAACUUCUCAAUCUGCUCAAUUACCAGGAGGUUGUGGUCAUGUCGGGCAGUGGCGCCAAGCGUUGCUCAGAGAGCUGAAGCACGAUUCUGGCGUGUUCUACGUUGGCUUGGACGGAUUUGCCUAUGCUCGUAGGCUGUCUGACAUUAUCGGACUUGAGGAUAAUUGGCUUUUCAGACAAGGCGUGAAGCUUCAAGGCCUGGAUUUUCAAAACUCGAGUUUGAAAGAUAGAGAACUGUUGGGACCUUAG